AUGGUGCGUCUGAGGGAGAUUCCCCGGACGGCCACCUUCGCCUGGUCCCCCGGGGCUGCCUCGCCAUUGAUCGCCACCGGUACGCGGGCUGGCGCUGUCGAUGCCGAUUUCUCAAAUGAGACAUGUCUUGAGCUUUGGGAUCUGGGCCUGAGCAACCAGGAUGCUGGUGCGGAGCUGCAGCCAGUAGCUAAGAUUGACACCGACUCGGGCUUCAAUGACCUCGCCUGGACGGAUUCCGACGAUAUCUCGCGGGGAAUAAUUGCUGGUGGUCUCGAGAGCGGAUCCCUCGAUUUAUGGGAUGCUGACAAGCUGUUGAGUGGUACAAGUGAUGCUGUAUUAUCGAGGAGCUCGAAACACUCCGGGGCCAUUAAGGCCUUACAGUUCAACCCUAGGCACUCCAGCUUACUAGCUACAGGAGGUGCCAAGGGAGAGCUGUACAUCUCCGAUCUCAACGACCUCGAGAACCCUUACCGACUCGGGAGCACCACCGCCCGCGCCGACGACAUUGAAUGUUUGGACUGGAACAAGAAGGUGGCGCAUAUUCUGGUUACCGGUAGCAGCGCUGGGUUCGUUACCGUGUGGGAUGUCAAGACAAAGAAAGAGAGCUUGACGCUCAAUAACUUGGGACGGAAAGCUGUCAGUGCUGUUGCUUGGGAUCCUGAGAAGCCUACCAAGCUCGUUACAGCGACACCGCUCGAAUCAGACCCGAUCAUCAAUGUUUGGGAUCUUAGGAAUUCCCAUGCUCCAGAGCGUACCCUCCGCGGACACGAGGCCGGUGUUUUGUCGCUCUCUUGGUGUGCCCAAGAUCCCGAUCUACUUCUUUCUUCCGGCAAAGACAACCGCACGAUUUGCUGGAAUCCCCAGACUGGAGUUUCCUAUGGUGAAUUCCCUGUCGUCACAAACUGGACAUUCCAAACACGAUGGAACCCUCGCAAUCCCAACUUCUUCGCCACCGCUUCGUUCGACGGUCGGAUCUCGAUUCAGACUAUCCAGAACACCAGCACGGAAACCGCCAAGGCUGUCGCUGACCAAAACCAGGCCCUUGAUGGAGAGGACUUCUUUGCCAAGGCUCAGAGUCAGCCCCAGGUCUCGAGCUUUUCGUUGCCAAAGGCCCCCAAGUGGCUGGAGCGACCUUGCAGCGCCGCGUUUGGUUUCGGUGGUCGGGUAGUUUCAGUCAACCUUCUUGAGAAGGGCGGACGUGCGUCAAAGAUCAAGAUCACGCCUUUUGAAGUCGACGAUGCGGUUGGGAAGUCCACUGAGACCUUUGAAACAGCGCUCAAGGAGGGCGAUCUUAAGAGCAUCUGCGAGAACGGGGUUUCGAGCGCUACUACUGAGGAAGAAAAGGCGGACUGGAAGGUGAUUGAGGCGUUGCUGUCUGGUAGCCCCCGGAAGAGCCUGGUGGAGUAUCUCGGCUUCAAUGACCAGGCAGAUGAUGUUUCCGAGGGAUUGGCCAAGCUUGGUUUGACGAAGGAGGAUGAAGCAAAUGGCGAGUCGUCCCCCAAGGAGUCCCGCGGGCCGGGAGCCAAGAAGCACAAGCGCCUGCAAUCGAUGUUCGAUGCUAGUCCUGAUGACAACUUUCUGUCUGAUCUUGCCGCUUCCAAGGGUGCGAAGACCAACAACCCCUUCCAAAUCUUCAAUGGUGAGGAGUCCGAGGCCGACAAGAGCAUUACCCGGGCCUUGCUUCUGGGCGAUUUCGAGAAAGCCCUUGACCAUGCGCUCAAGGAGGACCGCAUGUCGGACGCGUUCAUGAUCGCUAUCGUUGGUGGUCAAAAGUGUAUCCAAAAGGCGCAGGAGCACUACUUCUCCAAGCAGACGGAGAGCCCGAACUACGUACGCCUGCUUGCUUCCGUCGUUGGCAAGAACCUCUGGGAUGUUGUAUACAAUGCUGAGCUGUCCAACUGGAAGGAGAUCAUGGUGGCUCUUUGCACAUUCGCGGAAGAUAAGGACUUUGCCGAUCUCUGCGAUGCCCUUGGUGACCGCCUUGAGGAGCAGAUCCGAAACACUGGAGACAAGGCUGCUCGCAAGGACGCCUCUUUCUGCUACCUUGCCGGUUCGAAGUUGGAGAAGGUGGUCUCUAUCUGGAUCGAGGAACAGCGCGAGAGUGAGCAGACGGCUAUCGAGACGGCUACCGACGAUUCCAGUUUCUCUAUCCACGUUCGUGCCCUUCAGUCAUUGAUCGAGAAGGUGACAAUCUUCCGUCAAGUCACCAAGUUCGAGGACACGGAGCGUACCAAGGAUUCCGACUGGAAGCUCGGUGUGCUUUAUGACAAGUACAUUGAAUAUGCUGAUGUUGUCGCGACCCAUGGACGUCUUCAAGUCGCGCAGAAGUACCUUGACCUUGUCCCGGAGAAACACCCCGAAGCCGAGAUUGCCAGGAACCGCAUCAAGUUAGCGACGAGGCAGCCUACUACUACCAGGGCUCAACCCGCUGCGGCUGCCGUCAGGGCCACUCCCAACAAGCCCCUCCCCCAGCCGUCUGCGUACCAACCCGCGACAACUUUCUCCGCCGGGGCCCGAGCUGCCGCCCCGACCUCCUACACACCUCCCGCUCCCGCUACAAACCCCUAUGCUCCUCCUGCUGCUGCUGCUCCAAAUACUUAUGCUCCUCCUGCUGCUGCUGCUCCAAACACUUAUGCUCCUCCUGCCGCCGCUUCAAAUCCUUAUGCUCCCCCUACCGCCGCUGCCAACCCUUACGCUCCAUCGGCUGCGGCUCCUUCACAACCCACAAACCCCUAUGCGCCAGCGGCUGGUAGCUACGCGCCUCCUGCAGGGUAUCAGCCCCGCCAACAAUCUUUCGGCGCUCCUCCUCCGUCAGUAGGCGGCGUUCCCCCUCCACCCCGCGCUUCCAGCCAAUCUCCUGCGACGGUCACCACAUACACCACAGCUAAGAACCUGCCCGCAUGGAACGACUUGCCCGAGGGCUUCGCCAAGCAGCCCGUUUCGCGCAGAGGAACUCCGGCGUCUAGUGCGCCCAUCGCCUCGCCGUUCCCUAACCAAUCUCCACCCGUCACACAGGGUCCUCCUCCUGUAGGUGCUGGUCCCCAGAGGACACCGUCAGUCCCGCCUCCUCCCAAGGGCGUUGCUCCGCCUCCCCGCAUGACUUCACCGCUGUCAGCAAGUCAAGUCCCGCCCAACCCGCUCUCCGCCGCUCAACCACCCCCGAACCCCUACGCUGCUCUGCCGACGUCGCCCCCAGUUAGCACUAUGGCGCCACCAGCAUCAAUCCCUCGUGGACCAUCUCCUUACAAUGCGCCACAGACGAUGCCUCCACCCACCAACCGGUACGCGCCGAGCCCGGCAGCUCAGGCGGCCAGCCCACAACUCCAAACGCGAGCUCCUGUUCCUCCCCCUCCCCAGGCAGCUGCUUCUCCCUACGCCCCUCCACCACCCGCACAGCCUCUGGCAGCCAACCCUUACGCUCCUAGCACGCCGCCUCCCAUGCAGCCGCCUGUGCAGCAAGCGCCGCCGCCUCAGGCCGCGGGAUCUCGACCAGGCACAGCCACUUCUAUGAAGGCCCCUGCGCCUCCCAAAUACCCUCCCGGUGACCACUCGCACAUUCCCGCCGACGCACAGCCUAUCUUUGAGAUCCUCUCCGAGGACAUGCAGCGCGUCAAGGCUCGCGCUCCGUCAUCGUUCAAGGCACAAGUUGACGACGCCGAGCGGAGGUUGAACUUCCUAUUCGACCAUCUCAACAAUGAAGACCUUCUCAAGCCCAACACCGUCCAGGACAUGGUGCAGCUCGCCCGCGCCAUUCAAGCGCGUGACUACGAGACCGCUCGCACGAUCCACAUUGAUAUCAUGACAAACCGUAACGAUGAAUGCGGCAACUGGAUGGUCGGUGUGAAGCGUCUUAUUAGCAUGAGUAAAGCGACCCCAUAG